GACGCAUUAGGUAGUCAAGCGACAUCAGCAAGCACCCGAGGAGGAGGGGGAAAUGCACAACAACCCCGAUCCUUGGUGUAGCAGUGGCAACAGCAGCUAGACUCUAUUCUCUCUCUCUCUCUCACACACUCACACACACCCGGGCCCCUACUAGGCCAGGCCAGGCCCAGGCCAGGGUCCUCCCCAGAAAUAGGUAUACAUACCAAAUGCGCAAGGCACCUGAAGGCCAGCGCACCACACGUCCGCCGACAUGCCGACGACACAGGUUUUGAACGGGCUCUCGCCCAUGUCCGAGACGACGCCGGAAUCGUCUCCCGGACCCUCCCCCAAGCGACCGUGCUUCCAGGGCUCGCCCGCGUACGGCACGAUAGAAGCGUCGUCCCUAGGGGGCCUGGCCGCGCGCGCGUGUGAGAAAUGCCGUGCGUCUAAACGCAAAUGCGAUAAGAAGCUGCCUUUCUGCGACAGGUGUAAGAGACUCAACGCCAAAUGUCACUACAUCCACGACAUAUCCAACAACGUGAUCCCGCAAGGCGCACAGCUGGUAAUCUACCAGCCGCACUCGCUAUCGCACGACGCCCUGCUGCGCGGCGCGGAGCCCCUGGAGGGGAUCACCGCCGCGCAGAUCCUCUCGCUGAUAUCGCCCGGGUCCGGGUCGGGACAGCAGCAGCAGCAGCAGCAGGUCGACUGGCGCGCCGUCGUCAACGUGUACUUCCUGUGCGUGCACUCGUGGUACGCCGUCGUGCACCCGACGCUCUUCGAGCAGCACCAAGCCGCUCACCUGGCCGCGCUGACGGACGGGUCCGACACGCCCGAACAACACUCCAACUCCAACCCCCAUCCCCAUCCCCAUCAUCUUAACUCCAACUCAGACCGGCACGCCAAGACCGCCGCGCUCCUCGUCGCCGCCAUGUACCUGCUGACGCGGAUGCGGAUCACGGACGCGGGCCCGCAGCCCAUCUUCGACGAGACGUACCGGACGGUCAAGCGGCUGCUGUCGUCGCUGCUGCUGGGGUGCGCGGGGGACCCGGGGGUGGGGGUCGAGGUGGUGCAGUGCGGCGCGCUGGUCGCGCUGUACGAGUACGGGCACGGGGACGCGGUCACGGCGUACCGCACGCUGAGCCAGGCUGUCGUUACGGCGCGCGUGCUGGGGAUCAGGCAGCCGGCGCAGUUGUUGGUGGAGGGGGGAGGGGGAGGGGGAGGCGGGGGCGGGGAGGAUGUUGCUAUGACGGGGAUGGGGAUGGGGAUGGGGGCAGGGGUAGGGGUGGAGGAAGAGGAGGAGCAGAGUGGGUGUCUUUGGUGGGGGAUGUUUAUAUUGGAGCAAUUCAUCCACCAGGACGAAAACGCUCGGGACUUCCCCUUCCUCUUAGAAAGUCCGACGCGGGACACUCUUCUACCCGAGACGCCUCCAACAACGCCACCGCCGAGCUCGACCGGAGGCCAAAGCGGAACAACAGGGUCCGGAGCCGGAGCCGGGUUUCCCACGUCGCCGCCAACGUCGGCAGCGCCGCCGCCGCGGCACCUAAGCACCAACAUCGUCAUCGGCACCGAGAAGUUCGGCAGCUUCCAGCUAUCGGCCAAGACGGCGUGUCUGUUCCACCGCGCGCUCCGCAUAGACAAGGAGCGCGACGCGCGGCCGGGCAAGAUGCCGCUGGUAUCGACGUACGCGGAGCUCGACAGCGAGAUCAGGGAGAGCACGUUGACGCUGCUGGGGGAGACGCUGGACUGGGAGGACAUGCUGGACUGUUUUGCCAUGCUCGUCAGCGCCCUCUUCACGCUCUACAUGCCGUACCUGCCCAUCCUCGAAAACAGCCUGCGCUUCUCCUCGGCGCCCGCGUCCUCCCUAGUCGCGUCCAGCGCCGAGAUCUCCACCGCCGUCGCGGCCCUGCGCUUCGCGUGCAAGAUGUCGACCGACAUCUCGUGCAAGCUCAACGCCAACUUCGGCUCCGCGCCCCGGUCGCCCGCGUUCCUGUGCGCCCCCGCCGGCGCCACGUGUUACCUCGUCAUACAGGCGUACGCGGCGCUGCGCCGCAUCUUCCCCGAGGAGAGGGACGAGUGCGAGGCCAAUAUCGAGGAGAAGUUCGAGAGCUUGAAGUUGUUUAGCUUCCGGUGGGGGAUCGCUGAAAAAAUGAUGAGCCAGCUCGAGAAGAAACUCAACGUCGACCGGAACUACUACCUCCAGCACUCGCGGCUGAUGCCCCCGUCGCAUACCAUGUGCUUCGAUUUCACGCCGAGGUGACAUUUCGCCCCCGCCGUACGGGGAACCAUUCUUACUCACUCCCCUCUCCAUCUGUAGAUGCUGAGAAGAAGAUAGAU